AUGAGCUCUGCAACUGGUAUGCGAAAGCUAUGGUCGUUUGUUCGCGAGACAUCUGCUUAUUUCUCCCGAGGACAUGCUGUGUUCGACGACUGGACAGCCCACGACAACGGCGGUGUCGCUGAUUCUCUCAUAGCUCUUGCUGCGAAGAGUAAAUUGGUUCAGCGAAAAAUGCAGGAUAUACACUCACUUGUACCCAAGCAGGGAAUUAUCGCGGAAAAAAAUUGA